UUCUGUGUGUGUUUUGGACAAAAUGGCGGAGCGCUAGUUUCAAUUCUGUCAGUGGCACCCAAUUGGGGCACCUUCGGGUUUAAGAGGUUGUCCAACCAUGGCUGCCAAUACAAGGAAGAACACUGGAACACUUAACAAAAACGCACCUCAUAGAAUCUACAAUAUGGCCGACAGAGCAACAAGGCUGCAGGUUCUCUGGAGACGUUAGACGACUCUCAGGAGCAGCACGAAGAGGCUGAGGCAGUUCGGCUGCUGUUGGUCCUGACUACUAAACAGAGGAUUGUUUCAGCGGAAAGUCUGUGCGCGGAUGUCGCAACGUGCAGGCGGAUGAGAGCCACGUCAAGUCAGCCACAGUGACGGUCCAUUCUGUCCGAGUGAGGCACUCUCCUGCCGCCCGUAAUCCAAUCCCGGCACUGCAGACCUUUAAAUACCACCCUUGAAAACCUCCCAGCAGACACAUGGUGUAAGGUGAGACACUCUCAGGCCAACACACUCACCAGUCUGACGUGAUCAGUGGACCGAGAGCGUGACCAGUCGCUGCUGCAAGUCUGUGAUUGAAGCUGUUGCUGCACUCUGAAGGACCGCUCACGAGUGUCUGGAGGGGAUUUCUGUGGCGAGUGGCGAGUCCGUCGUUUUCCUCUCUUGCCGCGUUAAACCGGUAUGCUUUUUUCUUUUUUUUGUUGGCCUACUCUGAGCACCUUGCAGUGAAUGGAGAACAUACUGGUUCUGCUCCCAAAGCACCGACAGGAACACGGGCUCUGCAGACGCACGGCUGCAUGUGCCUUGCUGCUGUUUUUUUCCCACACGGCACCUUUUUCCUGGUCUUUAAUAGCGACACCCACCCCCUGUAAACCUCUUUAAUGGGAUAAAUCAAUUGGACUGAUCAGGUUCAAAACCAGAUCAGGCAGCAAGUCCCGUUCUGACUUCACCAAAACUGUUAGGCCACGGAAUCCUUUCUUUGUCAAGUCCAUUGUCUUCAUAAGGCUUCCGCAUGGUACUUUGGUUGAAAGAACAAGACAAACUCCCCGACAUCGACAUGUCCUCCGGGGCCGUUGAGAUGAAGAAGGAGGGAGGCCCUCUCACGCCGGCCUUCCUCAACUCCAACUGCUCUGUCCACCCGGUCAUCCACACCAAGGGCUCAGAGGAGGUGAACCCAGGGACCGGCGCCGAGUUGGAGCUCACAGAGGUCACGUCUUUCGUGGAGAGAGCCAGCGAGACCGGGGAGGACGAGGAGAGGUCGGAGAUUGUGGUGACGAUGGACUGUCGGGCCAACGCCAAAGGUCAGCGCGAGGAGGACGCUCUCCUGGAGAAUGCGAGCCAGAGCAAUGAGAGUGAUGACACCAGCAUUGGCCAGAGCCCCGAACCACCGGCACCACUCAAAGAGACCUCCUUCUCCAUUGGCCUGCAGGUGGUGUUCCCCUUCCUGCUGGCCGGGUUCGGGACAGUGGCGGCAGGAAUGGUCCUAGACCUCGUCCAGCACUGGACUGUGUUUGUGGAAGUAUCUGAGGUGUUCAUCCUGGUCCCAGCGCUGCUGGGGCUCAAAGGAAACCUGGAGAUGACACUGGCCUCAAGACUUUCCACUGCGGCUAACAUUGGUCAGAUGGACACAGCCAAGGACAUGUGGCAGAUGAUCAUGGGGAACCUGGCCCUCAUCCAGGUCCAGGCCACAGUGGUGGGGUUCCUGGCCUCCAUCGCUGCGGUCAUCUUCGGCUGGAUCCCAGAGGGAGACUUCAACAUUGGCCACGCCGUGCUGCUGUGUGCGUCCAGUGUGGCCACGGCCUUCAUAGCCUCUCUGCUGCUGGGGCUCAUCAUGAUCGGCGUCAUCAUCGCGUCCAGGAAGGUUGGAAUCAACCCAGACAACGUGGCCACGCCCAUCGCAGCGAGCCUGGGAGACCUGAUCACUCUGUCCCUGCUGGCGGGCAUCUCCACGGGACUGUACAAGGAGCUCGACCAUAAUAACUACGCCAACCCUCUGGUGUGUGCGGUGUUCGUCGCCCUGUGUCCUCUGUGGGUGCUCAUAGCCCGGAGGAUCCCAUCAACCAGAGAAGUCCUUUACUCCGGCUGGGAGCCGGUCAUCAUCGCCAUGGCUAUCAGCAGCGUUGGUGGACUGAUCCUCGACAAGACCGUCACCGAUCCAAAGUUCGCCGGCAUGGCCGUCUUUACCCCGGUCAUUAACGGUGUGGGCGGUAACCUGGUCGCGGUCCAGGCCAGUCGGAUCUCCACCUAUCUGCACAUGAAUGGUUUACCCAUGGGGGAUCCCAACCUCACACCCAGGAAGUGCCCCACACCCUGCACCUCCUUCUUCGGCUCCACUGUGAACUCUCGGUCGGCCCGUGUGCUCUUCCUCCUGGUGGCGCCGGGUCACCUCGUCUUCCUUUACACCAUCAACUCACUGAGGGGUGGACACACCACCCUGACCCCCAUCUUCAUCACCUUCUACCUGGCUGCUGCACUACUUCAGGUGAUAAUCCUCCUCUACCUGGCGGACUGGAUGGUGCACUGGAUGUGGGGUCGAGGCAUGGACCCCGACAACUUCUCCAUCCCCUACCUGACGGCGCUGGGCGACUUGCUGGGAACCGGCUUCCUCGCCCUCUGCUUCCACAUGCGCUAUUUCAUCGGGGACAAAGACUCUAAUGUGGGCAACUGAAUGAUAAAAAAAAGAAAAAAGAGACGGCCUUCUUCUGUACGCUGUGACAAACCUCAGUCUUUUUCUGAAAGUGGACGAUGUCUACAUUAAAAAGGGCUAAUCUCCUGUAGGGCUCCGACUGAUGCUAGAGUGCACGUGUAGCAUUUCAUCUUCAGGACAUCAGGACACUGAUGCACCACAGCAGCUGCCCCAGCAUCCCAACACUGUCAACAACACACACACACACACACACACACACACACACACACCUGAUGUAUCCAGACCCUCGCCUCUAUUUUACCCUAAUAACUUAGUCCUACUACUUUUAUUAUUAUUCUAUUGACAAUAAUUAUGAAUGUUGACAAAUAAUGUUUUUGAUAUGAAUCAAUAUCUGUUGUAUUUCAAGGGCCAUUCCUCAUUAUUUUCAAUGGGGACUUGAGCCCUCCCACUUUUAACACUUGAAACUAAGACAACAGAGACGGCAAACAUGUGCUCAAACAGGUCUAGAAGUGCUCAGUGAUAUACACAGAGAGAGAGAGAGAGAGAAUAUUACAUGGAAUCUAAUGAUUUAGGAAAAAUACAGUACGUGUUUUACAGUAGAACAGGCUUGAGGAGGUUUUAUUACACACACACACACACACUCACACACGCAUAAGAAGCUGCCAGCAAUGAUACAUGAGGAUGGAACAGCAGAAUAUUAAUGCUGUCAUUUAAGUUUACUCCUGCACAAUCCAGGCUUUGGCUUUGCAAUCCAAGCCCAACCGAUAAUGGCAGGCACACCUGUGAAAAAAGAUUUUAGCCCCUAAACAAAAAGCUGACCUGAUAAAAAUCUGUCUGCUCAUGUCUGUAUGUCGCCGUUCCGCAGCCUUUUCCAACUGGAACCUGAAGUCUUUGCUGCUUUUAUAAAGCUCUCCCUUCCCACACCAAAGCCCAUAGAAAGGAAAAAAAACAAAAUACCGCACCAAAGUGUUACAAAGAGCAAAUACUGAAUCUCAAACUGUAGCAGGUGGAGCGACGUCACUGUAGAUAAAGCGCGUGGUGUCGCACGAACAUGUGUCUCAUGGUAUUCUUGCACAUCUUCAUUAUAGAAAUAACGGAAUAGCUUAAUAUCUUCCUCCACACUCAGCUGACCUGACCCACGUGAGGCCUGACUGAUGCACCAGGGGCCAGUAGAGUGCAUGUGCACAAUGUGAAAAAAACAAAACAUUUUCCUUUUUUUUUCUUUUGCUGAUUUUUUUAUUAUUAUUACUAUUGUUAUUAUGUUAAAAUUGUGAUUUUUCUUCCUUCUUUCUAUUCCUCUCCUCCUUUUCCUUAACUUUUUAUUAACUCUUCUUACGAUCGCUGUAAAGAUGGAGCAACUUCACUGACGCACACACACACACACACACACACACACAUGUACUGUAAUGUGACAAACAGAGGAAUUCUCUUAACUGUACAACUUCUCUGUGUGUGUGUGUCCCCUGGAUUCAAACCCACACGCGUCCGCCCUCUAGUGGCGUGGUUCUAUAACUACGACAUGUAGUAAGAGCUGCACGUGUCCUCGGCUCUGCUCGUGACCAGUGUUCUGCCUCUGUGUCCGUGGGAAGUUGUGAAUACUUGUACAACAGGGGCAAGUAAUGCUUUGUCUAUUUAUUUUUAGAUGCACACAAAGCAAAUUGUACAUAUUAUAUUUAUUCUAUAUAUAAGGUUGUUUAUUUGGGCUCUGUUUCUUUAUCACCAUGUUGUUGUCUCUAUCCUCUUCUCUUUAAUGUUUGUCUUUUUUUUUUCCUUUGCAAAGGCCAGUAGAGCUUUCCUUUUUCUGCUAAGUCAUAGCACAGUGCCUAAAACCAUGUUUUACACAAACCCUGAAUCAUAGAAAGGCCUUAACCUAUCAGAGCCAAGCUCGCCUCAGAGUAACCAAUCAGGAGCUAGGUUCGCCCACUGAGUAGCAUCUCUUUAAAAUAGUUUUUGAUUAAUAAAAGAUGUACAGUAGGAUGAUUCUGACGUGUAAUGUCACAGUGAUUUUAUAUGACGUCGCCGUGGAGACGAGGGCUGCAAGCGUCAGCGACGGUGAAUCGAGCGGAGUGAUUUAAAAAAAGGGCUCCUGAAAGGUCUGGAAUCAAGUGAAUCACAAGUUGAAGAACGGAAAUACCUGACAAAAAAAAGUAAAAAAAAUAAAAAUGCAAUACAGCGUCACAUCUUCUUAUGAUUCCAGAGUUUAAAAACCCUUCGUCUGACUACUACUGCCUUGUUAACCUCAGUGCUUCAAGCCCCUGAAGUCACAGGGAGCCACGCCGAUCCUCAGGCCGAAAACCAUCCCACAUCCAGAUCCAGGCUCCAGACGUCACCUGUCACUUAUGUUGCCUUUCACAUGUAUUAGUCUUGCUGGGCCUGCGGUCUUGUGCGCUCCUCUCGAGAGGAAGGCUUUCUCUGUGCAAGGACUUUGUAAAUUGCUGGAAAUAAAGGACUAUAUUAUUUCAUACCA